UUGGUAGGAACAGGCGAGCAGUCUGCAGACCCACAUCACAUCCGAGUUCACUAAAAUGCACCAGAUACUCACUGAGAAAGAGCAGCGUUUACUCAGAGAUCUCAGGGAAGAAGAGGAGAGGAUUGUAGAACCCAUGGAGAAAAACCUUCGAGAGAUUCUGGAGAAUUUAAAUUCUAUUGAGGAGGAACUCUCAAUUUUAAAGAAACAAAUGGAACAAAAAAACGAAUUGAUUUUUCUAAAGGAGGCAGCUUGUCGGAAGAGAAGGGUUACUGAGGAGAAGAACACACUCACAGCUGCUGGUGCCUCUCUAUCUCUCAGACAUUUCUCUUGCCCUUUACUGUGCACAGUCUGGAGAGAAACAAUACACACCAUUUAUCCAGCUCCAGCCUCUCUGACUCUGGAUCCGAACACAGCGCAUCCCUGGCUCAUCCUGUCUGAGGACCGGACCAGUGUGAGACUCGGAGACAAACGGCAGCCGCUCCCUGACUCCCCGGAGAGAUUUGAUAACUGGGAAUAUGUCCUGGGAUCAGAGGGAUUCACAUCAGGGAGACAUUACUGGGAGGUGGAGGUGGGGGAGAAGACCUGCUGGUAUCUGGGAGUGGCCCGAGAGUCUGUGGAGAGGAAAGUGUGGACCAUCCCGAGCCUGGAGACUGGAUUCUGGAUUGUGGGGCUGGAUCCCGGAUGGGGUUAUUCAGCCUCCACCUCCCCCUCACCGACCCCCCUCUCCCCGAGUGUGAAUCCCCGGAAGAUCGGGGUUUUCCUGGACUAUGUGGGUGGACAGGUGUCAUUUUACAAUGCGGACACCAUGUCCCAUCUCCACACUUUCACCCACACUUUCACUGGGAGGAUCUUUCCCAUCUUCUAUCCGGGAGGGAAUGACGGCGGGAAAAACUCCGCCCCGCUGACAAUCGGCGGGAUUCAAGGGCACUGACAGAUCCAUCCCAUAAUUUCACCCCGUCCCCCUGCCUCCUGCCAGCUGUAAACUGAUGGGGGUCGGUCUCAGUCUGGGGGAGAGAAGGAGGGGGAGAGAAGAAACAAAUAGAAGCUCAAUUGUAGAGAGGGACUGACUGGGUAGAAUGAGCUGUGAGCUGCAGGAACCCGGGGACCUUCCUGCCUGUAAUGUUGCUCCACAGGCGGGAGGUGGCGCUACAUGACGGUGUUGGAGAUGAAUCAGUCAGUGGGUCUCAGACUGGGCUCAGGGGAGUCUUUCCAGGGGGAUACCAAAUCAUUUCACUGCAGGGUCAGUGGAGUCUUUCCAGGGGGGACACCUAAUCAUUUCACUGCAGGGUCAGUGGAGUCUUUCCAGGGGGACACCAAAUCAUUUCACUGCAGGGUCAGUGGGGUCCUUCCGGGGGACACCAAAUCAUUUCACUGCAGGGUCAGUGGGGUCUUUCCAGGGGGACUGGGCUCAAUCAAAAUAAAAAUGUCAGAUUGA